CGAACCAAGCGGGGAGGGAGGGGGAGAAGAGCCGCGGAACGGAGACGGUGAUUCCGUCCCCGGGGCCGCACCGCGACCGAGAACGACAGCGGUGGGGACAGCGUUAAGGGAGUGAGGCGUAGGUUGAGGGAACACGGCUGCUGUGGCGGGAUGCGUCGCGGUUUCGGAGCUGCCGUGGGGCCACCCCCCAGUGCCGGCCGCGCCAUGAACUGCCGCGCCGAGGUGCUGGAGGUGUCGGUGGAGGCGCGUCAGGUGGAGGAGGCCAUGCUGGCCGUGCUGCACACCGUCCUGCUGCACCGCAGCACCGGCAAGUUCCACUACAAGAAGGAAGGAACCUACUCCAUCGGCACCGUGGGCACGCAGGACGUGGACUGCGACUUCAUCGACUUCGCCUACGUGCGCGUCUCCUCCGAGGAGCUGGACCGGGCCCUGCGCAAGGCCGUGGGGGAGUUCAAGGACGCCCUGCGCAGCUCGGGCAGCGAUGGGAUGGGUCAGAUCUCACUGGAGUUCUACCAGAAGAAGAAGUCGAGGUGGCCCUUCUCGGAUGAGUGUAUCCCCUGGGAGCUGUGGACCGUGAAGGUGAACGUGGUGAACCUGGCCAACGAGCAGGAGCGGCAGAUCUGCCGCGAGAAGGUGGGCGAGAAGCUGUGCGAGAAGAUCAUCAACGUCGUGGAGGUGAUGAACCGCCACGAGUACCUGCCCAAGAUGCCCACCCAGUCCGAGGUGGACAACGUGUUCGACACCAGCCUCAAGGACGUGCAGCCCUACCUCUACAAGAUCUCCUACCAGAUCACGGACUCGCUGGGCACCUCGGUCACCACCACCAUGCGCCGCCUCAUCAAGGACACGCUGGCCCUGUAGCACCGUCUGCCUCCAGGGCACGGCCCGGGGCCUCCCCUGCCAACUGGCUCUGGAUCCCUCCUCUCCCCCUCUCCAAAAAGCCUCUGCAAGGAGCUGGGCUUGGCCUGGCCUUGACCUGGGGGUUGGUGCUGGUUUGGUUUGUGCCGCAGGGCGCUCGCUUGUCCUGGAGAACCGGCUCAGCAGCUCAGGGGUGAGUCCCGGGACAGGAGCUGCUGGGUGGCACGUGGGUGACAUUGGCACAGGGGGAGGAUGAUGCCCAAAGCCCCUCUGGCUCUGCUUGUUGCGUUCCAGCUCGUUCUGUGUGCCACAGCCGGUGCUGGAUUUGUCCCCUGUCACCUCCUGUCCUUCCCUCCAACCACUGGCGCUCCUGUGCCUGGGACUGAGCUGCUUCCCCCAGCCCUGGAGCUGAGCUCCCUGCCCCCCUCAGGGGCACAAAUAAAGUGUUUGUGCUGUCA